GUUUUGAGGUAGGUAGGAACUUCAAACAACACGUCAUGAAUGAAGCCCAACAAGCUGACGUAAAACUCCUCAAAAUCAGUGUUCCACCCAAACCGACGGUUUAGCAUAUCUUUUCCACGCAACCAACUAAUGGACGACGAAAAGAUUACCAACUUUUGCGCAGUGACCAGCUGUGAUCCCGAUAUUGCUCAAUCAUAUUUGGAGGUGUCCGAAUGGAAUGUUGAGACUGCACUGUCACUUUACUUUGAAAACAGUGGAGCUCCAUUAGGUCCACCACCAACGAUACCCGAAUCCGACAAUCCUUAUUCACAGUUAGGAGAGGAUUCUCUUCCUGAUACGUCCGAUGAAGCAUUUGCAAGGCAACUGCAGGAAGAGCAAUACAGCAAUGAACCCAAUGUGCGUGCCCCGAUUGCGCCAACCACCGAUGUUCUCGUCGGCGACGACGCCUUCACUUCCCAUUUCGACAGACGUGCUCCUCCAAUUUCAAGACAUCCUGUAUUCAAUCAAGGUGACUCGUCAUCGUAUGCGCCUCCCGCCCCUGAAGCUUUCCGGAAUUUUGUGACUGAAAUGGAAUCUUUGCAAGGUGGAAGGUCGCAAUCACCUGCUUCGAGUGACAAGACGAAACGGUUAGCGGAUUUGUUUCGACCGCCUUUCGAUAUUAUGUAUCAAGGUGAUUUUGAAAAUGCACGCAACCACGCCAAAGAGAACCAAAAGUGGCUACUUGUCAACAUCCAGGACCCUACUGAGUUUUCUUGCCAAGUCAUGAACCGAGAUCUUUGGAGCGAACAAGCAGUCAAAGAUGUGAUUAAGGAGUCUUUCGUCUUCUUACAGUAUGGACACGAAAGUGCCGAAGGAAAGAGAUACCUCACAUUUUAUUCCAUCGACAAUUACCCCCAUGUUGCCAUUAUUGAUGCACGAACAGGCGAAAGAGUGAAAUCAUGGAAUACUCAAAUGUCCGCAAGCGACUUCUUGAUGAAUGUGACUGAAUUCCUGGAAACCAAAUCCAACCAGAAAACGCCCUCUACAAAGCGACCAAAGGUCGUCUCUGACAUGACUGAAGAAGAGCAGCUUAAUGCCGCCAUAGCAGCCUCUCUCGGUAGUAGUCACAAUGAAGGUGGUAGUGGAGCAGCGGAUUCACCUGUAACUGAAACUCAAGAAACCGAAGUCGAUGAAGAAAUUGCUGAGGAAGAACGACAAGCAUCCAUUAUCGACACCAUAGAAGCUAUUAAACGUGAAGAAACAACCGACCUCAAAAACUCCACUAGGAUUCAGUUCCGACUAAUGGCUCACGUAUUGUUCGAAGAUUCAACAAGACGGAUCCCGUUCGAUAUGUAUUUGAAUACGUCAAGGCUGAAAUCCCUGAUGCUGACACACGCCCGUUCGAAGUAACUCAUCUUCAACCGUCGGCAGUUGAUAGAUUUGAUCGAUAAAGACAUUAAGGAAGCAGGGUUAGAAAAUGCAGCUGUUAACUUUAACUUUUCAUAAAGCUGUUUGGGAAUAUCUAUUUCUUUUUUUAUUACACAAAAAAAAAAUUCGAUACGCUCUCUCUUU